AUGGCAGAGCUCACUGAUUCCCAGCUCAUGGCCGAGCUUGAGGAAUUUGAGGACGCGCAGGCGCCUGAUCAAUUGCAGACUGAGGUCAACGAAACCGCAAAGGCUGAGCCUGAAAAACAGAAGGUCGAUCCUGACAGCGAGAAUAUGACGCCGGCAGCCAAUGCUGCAUCAGCCGGAGCCUCCACACACGCUGCCAAGCUGACUGUCACCAAGAAGUCCACUACAAGUCCAGCACCGCCUGCUGAUGCAUCUACUCCCAAGCCCUCCAAGAAAAUUCAGGCGAGGGUCACACCUGACGAUGGAGAUGAUGCGGAUCAGGCAUCUGCUGUUGCAGACAAAGAUGCUACUGGAAAAGAACAGGCUGGCAAGGGUGAUGGUGGCAAGGCAAAUGGUGACAAGAAGAAGAAGUCUGCCACUCCUGCAAGAUCAAAGGCAGCUGGCCAGCAGAAGAAGGAUGCAGAUGGCAGCAACACAAAAGUGAAGCGAGCGAGGAGUGCCUACAUCUUCUUUGGGGCUGAGAAGCGGGCAGCUGUCAAAGCUGAGAACCCAACCUUGAGCUUUGGAGAACUCACAAAGAAGUUGGGUGAGAUGUGGAAAGGAAUCUCAGACGCUGAGAAGGCACCCUAUGAGGCCAUGGCCAGUGAAGACAAGAAUCGUGCGGGCACCGAGCGCGCAGAAGCCAAGGCAGAAGCCAAGCUCUUCUGUGACCGCCACCGCCAGCAGAUAAAGGAUGAGAACGCAGAUGCUGGAUUUGGAGAGAUCACCAGAAAGCUAGCCGCUGCUUGGAAAGAGAUCACCGAGGAGGACAAGGCAAAUUACAACAAGCAGCACGAGGCACACCCGGCUGAGACCAUUGUUGCAGAGACCUACCAUGCCAAGUACCUCGUCAAGCGCAAGGGUCUGGACUUCUCUGCCUGCGGCCUGGUUGAUGCAAGGGCGGCAAAGCGACAGCGCAUGCUGGUACCAGACGAUGGCGACAAGACUGAGAGCUCAGCCUGCCACGUGACUGUGGCCAUGAUGGAUGAAUGGGAUGCCUUCAACCGCUCCUUCCGCUGUGCUGUGCAUGCACACUCUGACAGCGGCGAGCUGGAUCUGGGUGAUGCUCCCUCGCAUCCUUUCAGUGCAGUGGACAUCUUCAAUCUGCUGUUGCUGCACCUUGGCAUCAUGCGCGAGCCAGACUUCCCUCUGAGCAAGGCUGUCAAGAACAAAGAUGUGAUGAUCAAGGUUCCCAUGCUGGAGAUCUCCAAGGCUGUGCAGCGCGUGGCUGCUGUGGAGCGCAGGGCAGCGCAGGAGGCUGUGGCUGCAGCAGCGGCUGAGAGGGAGCAGCGCACAAAGGCCGAGGAAGCACUGGCUGCCCAGCAGCAGGAGACGCUGCAGCUCAGGGCACUCCUGAAGGAGCACAGCAUUGCCUUUGAGAAGGGAGGCCAGGCUGCUAGGGCGGAGGAGUAA